AUGCCGAACCACGAGAUGAGCAAGGCCGAUUCCGAGAGAAUUCAGUCGUCUCAGGCCAAGAGUGGUGGCGAUAUGUCACAGAAGGGUUUCGGUGCCAGAGCUCAGUCGGCCAGUGACCGUAACGCUUCAAGCGCUCAGACCCAGGGCGCUGGGUCUACAAACGCUAAAACUGGCGGUAAUCAAGGCGCCGGCAAGAAGUGA